AGUAAGGGAGUGGGAUGGGAUGCACUGCGCUGAUGCCCUCUAUCUGUGCCUGCAGCCAUGUGCUGCACGAUGAGAGGUCCUGGGGCUGGAGUUCCUCACAAUCCUUGGUUCCCCUGCAGGCAGCCUGGCUGGGCAUCAAUAUCUUCCUCUUCACAUACUACUUUCUGUUCUUCGACCGGGACGAGCGGUACUUCUACACCAGGGCCAUCCUCGGGUCCGCCUUGGCGUGGGCCCGGGCAUCAGCCAAGUGCCUCAACUUCAACAGCAUGCUGAUCCUGCUGCCCGUCUGCCGCAAUCUGCUCUCCUUCUUGCGCGGGAGCUGCUCGUGCUGCAGGAGGACGCUGCGCAAGCAGCUUGACCACAACCUCACCUUCCACAAGUUGGUGGCCUAUGCGCUGGCCCUGUUCACAGCCGUGCACACCAUUGCCCAUCUCUUCAACCUGGAGCGCUACAACUACAGCCAGCAGGCCAGUGAUGGCAGCCUGCAUGCUGUGCUUUCCAAGAUGCACCUGCGGGACAGCAACAAGUGGCUGAACCCCAUCCAUUCCAACCAGACGACCGUCGAGUACGUGGCCUUCACCACCAUCCCAGGGCUGACCGGGGUCAUCAUCACUCUGGCUCUCAUCCUCAUGGUCACAUCCUCCACUGAGUUCAUCCGCAGGAACUACUUUGAGGUCUUUUGGUACACACACCACCUCUUCAUCAUCUACUUCAUCGGCCUCGUCAUCCACGGUGUCGCCGGAUUGGUGCGUGGGCAGACAGAGGAGAGCAUGAAGGAGGUGCACCCACAGCGCUGCGCUGAGUUCCUGGUGCACAAACCCAAGGAGUGCAGGCAGGAGUGCUGCAAGGAGCCUGAGUUUGGCAGCAUCCCUGCAGAGUCCUGGAAGUGGGUUCUGGCUCCCAUCAUCCUCUACAUCUUCGAGAGGAUUCUGCGCAUCUGGCGUGCGCGGCAGAAGGUGGUCAUCACCAAGGUGGUCAUGCAUCCUGCUAAAGUGCUGGAGCUGCAGAUGCAGAAGAAGGGCUUCCACAUGGAAGUGGGGCAGUACAUCUUUGUCAACUGCCCCGCUGUGUCCCUGCUGGAGUGGCACCCCUUCACCCUCACCUCAGCACCUGAGGAGGACUUCUUCUCCAUCCACAUCCGGGUGGCUGGGGACUGGACGGAGCGCAUCAUUGACACCUUCCAGCAGCAAAAGCUGGAAACUCCCAGGAUCGAAGUGGAUGGCCCCUUUGGCACGGCCAGCGAAGAUGUGUUCCUGUAUGAGGUGGCCAUGCUGGUGGGAGCAGGCAUUGGUGUUACCCCUUUUGCCUCUAUCCUGAAGUCCAUCUGGUACAGGUUCCAGCAGAAUGACCAGACUCUCAAGACCAAGAAGGUACUGAGAGCCCCAUGGGACCAGCUGAUCCCAUACCAUGGGUUUCUCCAUGUUCAGAAGCACUUAGCUUCCCCAUGCUUGAUAUCACAUCCUUCCCCCGCUCCAUCUCAAGUAAUAUUUCUUCCCUAUGCCACUGCAUCCCAGAUCUACUUCUACUGGCUCUGCCGAGACACAGGUGCUUUCGCCUGGUUCAAUGACCUGCUUGCCUCACUGGAGCAAAAGAUGGCUGAGUCUGGCAAGGCAGACUUCCUCACCUACCGGCUCUUCCUCACCGGCUGGGACACCAGCAUUGCCAACAACGCAGCACUCAACUUUGACACAGUCACGGACACAGUGACAGGCCUGAGGCAAAAAACCAUAUUUGGAAGGCCCAGGUGGGACACUGAAUUCUCAGCGGUGGCCGCAGCCCACCCCAGGUCGGUGGUUGGUGUGUUCCUGUGCGGGCCUGAGGCAUUGGCAAAGGUCUUGCAGAGAUCUUGUCACCAGCACUCCAGCUUGGACCCCAGAAAGGUCAAAUUCUACUUCAACAAGGAGAACUUCUAAGUGGGAGCCAGGAUGGAACCACGGGCAGCAGAGAACAACCAUCCUGCUGCUCCCACUUCUUUUUGAAACAACUAUGCCUGGAAUGAGCAUCAGCUGAAAAGCAUGUGCAUGAGAACCAGGCGAGACAGCGAGAUCGUCCUUCAUAAGGAGAAACUCUGGGUUCACAGACUGCUGCCUCCUUGACCCUACAAAGGGUCCCUGUGAGGGAAAAUGAGCCCAGCUCUCAGCACAGUCCCCCAUGAGACAUGCAUUGGGAUGGUACUGGAGCAGCACACAGGUGCAGACCAGCAGGAGGCAAGGGGAGCCCAGCAGGCUGGGCAAGAUGGUGGGGUCAGAUGUGGCACCGGGGCACCAACAGCUAAACACGCCCCUCCAGAUUUAAAUGUCCCUCUCCAUAAAACAGUAAAUUAAAUUUGUUUUCCCUUGCAAUAAAA